AUGCCUGUCCCGUGGGAGGCCCUCAUUCCUUUCGCCUUGCUCACUACAAUGUUCGGUGUCGGCGGGACAUUGUUCAAGACGACCCGUACCAUCAACAACGAUGGAAAGACCCCGCGUUAUAACAUCGACAAUUGGGAACAAAUGAUGAUGAAUAGAGACAAACGCCUGACAGGCAGCAUUCGGGGUCAAUCAUCGAAUCCGAAGGCUCCGCCAGAAUUUGCCACCAAUAGCAUUCAAUCUGUGAAGAAGCUACUAGUUUAG